GUGUGUCGUCAGUUGUAUUGUAACGUUAGGUCUGUCAGAAUAGAAAAGAGAUGCAGCAGUGUCGACUUUAAUUAAUUAUUCGUUAUUUCGCGUAAUUAUUCCUGUUGCUAGACCAAAUAUAUAUAUAUAUAUACAUAUAUACAUAUACAUAUAAAUAUUAUAAAUUAUAGCAAAAAAAAUAUUUGACGAAAAAUUCUCGACAGUGUCGUGUGUGUGUGUAUAUAUAUACAUAUAACAUAACGCGAAGUGUUUUUUUUUUUUUCUUUUUUCUCUGGUUCUCAUCUCUUUCCCAUAUCACAAAGUGAAUUUAACCCGUGGAUUUUUGGGGCAAAAGAAGCUGUAGUGUAAUGCGGUGGUGAAAGUCUCCCAAACAGAUUGAGGUGGAAUCCCAAGUGGAAAUUGGAUUCAUUAUUUACCCCAGGGGGUUUUUUUGAAAAAAAGGAUUCUGAGGAAGAGAAUUAAAAAAAUAAUAAAAAAAAAAAAAAAUGUCGAAUCACAGAGGUGGUGGAGGAGGAACUGGUAGUCAUCAAGGUGGUCCACCUGGUUUAAAACAAAUUGACUUGGAUCAAAUAUGGGGCGAUUUACGCGAAGGCAUUGAACAAGUUUACAAUAGACAAUGCAUGUCAAAACCACGUUACAUUGAACUCUAUACUCAUGUUUAUAAUUAUUGCACGAGUGUACAUCAACAAAUAUCAAGAACAUGUACGAAAAAUAAAAAAAAUCCAAUGUCUGGUGGCGCUCAACUUGUUGGUCUUGAAUUAUACAAAAGAUUACGUGAAUUUCUUCGUAAUUAUCUUAUUAAUUUACUUAAGCAUGGUGUUGAUCUAAUGGACGAAGAUGUAUUGCAAUUUUACACGAGACAAUGGGAAGAAUAUCAAUUUAGUAGUAAAGUUCUCAAUGGCGUUUGUGCGUAUUUAAAUCGACAUUGGGUGAGACGAGAAUGUGAAGAAGGACGUAAAGGAAUUUAUGAAAUUUAUCAACUUGCACUUGUCACGUGGCGUGAUAAUCUCUUUAAACAUCUUAAUCGACAGGUGACAAAUGCAGUUUUAAAAUUAAUAGAACGCGAAAGAAAUGGUGAGACAAUAAAUACACGUUUAGUAAGUGGUGUUAUUAAUUGUUACGUCGAAUUGGGAUUAAAUGAAGAGGAUCCAGGUGCAAAGGGACAAAAUUUAUCAGUUUAUAAAGAAUCAUUUGAAAAUCUCUUUCUUGAGGACACUGAACGUUUUUAUACACGUGAAAGUUCAGAAUUUGUUCGUCAAAAUCCAGUAACUGAAUAUAUGAAAAAAGGCGAACAACGUUUACUUGAAGAAGAAAAACGUGUACAAGUUUAUUUACAUCAAACAACACAGGAUCGUUUAGCAAAAACAUGUGAACGUGUAUUAAUUGAAAAACAUUUGGAUAUAUUUCAUUCGGAAUUUCAAAAUUUACUUGAUUCAGAAAAAAAUAAUGAUCUAGGAAGAAUGUAUCAACUUGUCGCAAGAAUACCAAAUGGUUUGGGUGAAUUGAGAAAUUUACUUGAAAGUCAUAUUGCUAAUAUGGGAUUGGCUGCUAUUGAUAAAUGCGGUGACACUGCCCUUAAUGAUCCAAAAAUGUAUGUCAAUACAAUAUUAGAGGUACAUAAAAAAUACAAUGCAUUAGUGUUGGACGCUUUUAAUAAUGACAUUGGUUUUGUGACUGCACUCGAUAAAGCUUGUGGUCGUUUUAUUAAUAUUAAUUCAGUGACAAGAACAGCGAAUAGUAGUAGCAAAUCACCGGAAUUAUUGGCGAAAUACUGUGAUUUACUUUUGAAGAAAAGUAGUAAAAAUCCCGAGGAGGCUGAACUCGAGGAUACUCUUAAUCAAGUGAUGGUAGUUUUUAAAUACAUAGAGGAUAAAGAUGUUUUUCAAAAGUUCUACAGUAAAAUGUUGGCAAAACGAUUGGUGCAACAUAUGUCAGCGAGUGAUGACGCUGAAGCUUCAAUGAUCUCAAAAUUAAAACAAACAUGCGGCUUUGAAUAUACAUCAAAAUUACAACGUAUGUUUCAAGAUAUUGGCGUGUCUAAAGAUUUAAAUGAACAAUUUCGUAGACAUUUGACAAAUUCGGCUGAGCCACUCGAUAUUGAUUUCAGUAUUCAAGUACUAUCAUCAGGCUCAUGGCCAUUUCAACAAUCAUUCUCAUUUUCCUUGCCAACAGAGUUGGAAAGGUCUGUACAUAGGUUUACAACAUUCUAUAGUUCACAGCACAGUGGACGAAAAUUAAAUUGGCUGUAUAAUAUGUCCAAAGGUGAAUUACAUACGAAUUGUUUUAAAAAUAGAUAUACAUUACAAGCCUCUACAUUUCAAAUGGCGGUAUUAUUACAAUAUAAUGUAUCAACAUCAUGGACUUUGCAACAAUUAAUGGAAUCCACACAAAUUAAAAUGGAUUUUCUCAUUCAGGUAAUGCAGAUACUAUUAAAGGCAAAGUUAUUGAUCUCGUCGACAGAUGAGGAGGCGGAACUUUCUCCAUCGUCAACUGCUGAACUUUUCACGGGUUAUAAAAACAAAAAACUCAGGGUAAAUAUAAAUAUCCCGAUGAAAACGGAACUUAAAGUGGAACAAGAAACGACGCAUAAGCAUAUAGAGGAAGAUAGAAAGUUAUUAAUACAAGCGGCGAUAGUGAGAAUUAUGAAAAUGAGAAAAGUCCUUAAGCAUCAACAACUCGUUGCUGAGGUUCUCAAUCAACUCAAUACAAGGUUCAAACCGAGAGUUCAUGUUAUUAAGAAAUGUAUAGAUAUUUUAAUAGAGAAGGAAUAUUUAGAACGAACGGAAGGACAGAAAGAUACAUACAGCUAUUUGGCAUGAUUUGCUUUGAUGAUGAUGAUAAUAAUAAUUUAUCACAUUAAAAAAAUACGAAGAAAGAAGAUGAAACAUAGGUGAAAAAAAAACAAAAAAUUUCAUUAACUAUUACUGGUAAUAUUUGCGGUUUUCUCCGUGUCUCGAUAUUUAUUUAAAAAAAAAACAGAAACAGAAACAAACAAAAAUCAAACAAAAGAAACAAAAAAAAAUUCACAUUUGACGUCGAUUAAUAUUAUUUUUACGUCAAAAAAAAAAAAAAUAAA